UGAGAACAUCAGUUGCCAUGGCGUCACGAACCGGGCGGGUCUUGCUGUCACUUCUGUGGACGCUCUGCCAAAGUGUAGGCGUCAUCCAAGGUGGUCUUGCUCAGAAGACGUGCCUAGAGCAGGGGCCUUCCGAUGUACCCUCGAGGAGUACAUCGCUUCCGGGGACCCUCACCGUCAAACCCAACGAGGCAGAAUGGAGGUUCGACUUCACUCUUGGCGACGACAGCGAUAAGAGAGCCUGCGUAUCUCUCGAGGUCAUCACGGGGAAAAUCCAGUUGUCGUUGUACAAGACUGAGUGCGUGGGAGACAACAUCGUGGACUUUCAAUUGUGGCCUCUCAACUAUGUGCUUAAAGGCCAAUGGACGCUCCUCAAUGUAACGGUAAAGUCCGACGCCCUCCACCUACGCACUCCACUGAGCGAGUCGACCAAAUUGGUCAUGCCUACUGGAGACCUGCCCCAAGGAGCGCUUCAAGUGACGCAUUCGCUCGGCGUCACCUUCUCACUAGAGUGCCAAGUGAACUGCCCGGUGACAGUCGGCUCCACGGAUAGGGGACAGGGCUUACUCUCCACUAUUAAGGAGAUGGGAAACCCCUACGAACACUUCUACUUGAAGCCUGGGGUAGGGUUCGCUCGCCUCAACUUCGAGAUCGCGUGCGAAACACUCCUGGGCUACGAAGUAACCGUAGGCGAGACGGACCUCAGCAAAGAGGAGUUGGCAGUGCUUGUUCCCCUGGAGAGGUGGCACAAGAUCUUCCUCGAGUAUGACAAAGAGAGCCAACGCUACACCGUCUUUGUUGACUACCGGCAAACCAAGGUGAUCGGAAGCGGCGUAUCGCAUUGCCAAGAGUUCAGAAGAUUCCUAGUGAGAGCCGAGGGGGAAACCUUCGUGAGCUUCAUCUGCGACCCGGCCACGGGGCAGUACGAGGUCAAGCCUUCUGCAUGCGAAGAUUCACACCAGGAAUCGCGCUUAGCCACACCGAUCUUCGCCGCAAUUUUUAUCACGAUUGUGAUAGUUGUUAUUUUAUCAUAUUUAUCACUUUACCUUCUUGGAUAUAAACUCCAAAAGAAAGGAAAACCACCCCGUAGUAAUAUUUAAAAAAAUAAUAAUGCAAGAAGAUGCGAAGAAACUAUACAGAUGUCGCAGCCGUGCUAAAGACAUUAUAAGAACUAAAAGAAGCAAUAAGUGUAAUUCCUUCUCGCAAUAUUAUUUACAAGAGAGCGCGCUUCCUCAAAAUGGAAAUCAGUGUCCUGCAGUAAGGGGUGUCCAACGAAGCAAAUCCCGGUGUGCAGAAAGGAACGUGAAGAAAGUUUAGUACAUUUACUUCUGACUUUACCUUAUACUAAUUUAUUCUAUUUAUCAUUUUUACAUGUAUAUCAGUAUAUGUCCCCGGAAACAGCUAACUACUGUGUCGGUCUGUAAUCUCAGUGCUUUAUUUUAAUAUAUAACACAAAUAAACAUUAAUCACAUUUC